GCUGUUCUUGGUUGGCGAGAGAAGCGGAUCUUGCGGCGGCGGCGUGGCGGCGGCUGCAAUGCGGAGGCGCGGCGGCGAGGUAGAGGACGGCGGCGUGGUGGUGGUGAGGCUGGACAGGAUCCGGAAGCGGGGGGCGCUGUCGUCGUCGGGCGCGUCGAGCGCGGCGAGGGCGAAGCUCAGGUCAAGGAGCCCGGCGGUGCUGCUGCGGCGGGGUGGCGCGGGAGGGGCGGCCAUGUCGGAGUCCUCGACGCGGAGCCGGCAUUGCCGCGCCCACGCCGGCGCCGCGGACGGUGCGCGGGCUGCGGCGAGGAGGCUCGUGGGCGCGUUCUGGCAGAUGGACAAGGAGAGGCUGUUCGGCGAGGACGCGGCGGCGACGGCGCGCCGGAGCGGCAUGCCUCCUCGGAGCCGCGCGCCGACGGAGGUGUCCAAGGGGUCAAGGAGAAGCAGGAGCAAGAUUCUGGAGUCAGAUGUGAAGGGAAGCUACCACGGCGGCCAUCGCCACUGGUUCUCCUCUGCAGAUGUGAUGAGCAACGGCACCGCCGCAAUGGAGGUUGUCACAUGCUCUCAAGAUGAUGUUUCAAGAUGUCCUCAAGAGAAAACAAUCCACCUGCAGGACCUGCAUAACAGCCUGAUUGCAUCUAAAGAACUUGUAAGAGUAUUAGCACACAUCUGGGGGCCUGGAGAACUGAAUCCAUCGACCACUUCACUCAUUUCAGCGCUAUGCUCUGAGCUCGAUCUUGCUCGCUCUCAUGUACGAAAGCUUAUCAAGGAACAAAAAUCAGAGUGCAAUGAACUCGACAGCUUAAAGAAGCAACUUGUGCAUGAAAUGGAAUCAUGGAAGAUCAAGCAAAAGGAGAAGGUGGCAAAUGCUCUGCAAUAUACAGUUUCAGAGCUGGACAGCGAGAAGAAGUCCAGGAAAAGAGCAGAGAGGAUAAACAAGAAGCUGGGGAUGCAACUAGCUAAAACCGAGGCCUCGUUACAGGCCGCGACGAAGGAGCUUGAGAGGGAGAAGAAGUCCAAAGGCAGAGUGGAGAAGAUCUGCACCGAGCUCAUCAGAGGCAUCGGGGAAGACAAGGCUGAGGUCGAGGCGUUGAAGAAGGAAACCGAGAAGGCGCAGGAAGAGCUUCAGAAAGAGCGGGAGAUGCUUCAGCUCGCAGACGAGUGGCGCGAGCAACGGGUUCAGAUGAAGCUCCUGGAGGCGCGGCUCCAGUUCGAGGAGAAAAACGCAGCCAUCAGCCUGCUGCACGACGAGCUCCAAGCAUAUCUGGAUAGCAAGAAGGACCAUGAACCUACAAAUGAUCAAACUUUGCCGCGAUACGCAUCUGAAAACGGCAGGGAAAUUGCUAGCAAUAUUCAGAAUAUUCAGAAGGGCAAUGGAGGAGGGUGCAGUGAUGAGGAUGAGGGUGGUGAAGAUGAUGGUGACUCGACCUCUGAAGGCAGUGGCAUGCACUCGAUCGAGCUGAACGUCGAUGGCAACAGCAAGAGCUACACCUGGAGCUACACUCCUGCCACCAAGGAGAGGAAGAGAGUUGCAUCAAGAUCACACGGAUCGUUCUCACAGAAAGGGAUGGAGAUGGACAGCGCUAGCUCCCGCGGAUUCGACCGGAAGUUUCAGGAAACGGGUGAAGAGCUGCUGGAGGGAGACUGGGCUGAAGGAUGCAGCAACGGGAUCCUGAACUUUGAACACGAUGAGGAGAGGUACCAGGCAAUCAAGAAUCUCAGAGAGCAGAUGUUAGCUGGGUCUGGGUUCAUCGUGUCACAGGGCAGGGAGCUUGCUGACAGGGAGUUCUGUGGCUUGUAAGGUAAAUUAUAAACUGAUGAAAACAAAAACAAGCUGAAAAUUUGAAUGAUAUUAGUCAUCUGUCAUACGAAUGUUGGCGUGCAAAUCAAACUGGUUUAGUCCUAACUGGCAUAAACAGCCAAGAUUCUUCUCUUGUGUUUGAUAUGAAGGAUAGAAAGUUGGUAGUAUUACUUAAGUUGAGAUGAAACAUGCACUGAUAAUUGAUAAAUUCAAGUCGAGGAGAACUCAAAGUUGGAUGGUAGGAUUAGAUUAGGGUGUUAAUUUGCUGAACCUAUC